AUGUCAGAUGUAGAGAGUGCUGCGGAAUUUUCUGGAGCGUCAAUAAAGAGUAAAACGGAGAAGAAGCAAGUCGAUCCAGGAUGGGAAUUUUCAGCCACCGGAUUUAGCGCCGAGGAUUUGGUCAAGGUUGAUGGAAAAGUAUGGAUCCUCUACGCGUCGUUCUUGAUGUCAACAAAACGCUUUGAUGAGGCGAGGGAUUUGCUGAAGAAAGCGCUCAAUUGCUUUGCUGGGCGAGGGAUUUGCUCAAUUCAGUUCCAAAAGCAGAACAUGUUACACUCAUUUCUCGUUUUGCGACACUCGACAAUUUCCCAAAAAAGGUCGACGUAUGGAUUGUGUACCUGGAUGACGAUGAAAUACGAUAUACAGGAUACUAUAAGGAAUUUUUUCGACCGAAUUUGCUCGCUCUCACUCACCAACCACAAACAGAGGCCAUUUUACAAAAGAUGGGCCGAAUAUGAAGCCAAAUUUGGUGAUAGAAAGACGCGAGAUAGGUUCGAGAAC